UUUUGACGUGGACAACGGUUCACAACGAAAAGUUAACCACUGCGACAUUCGACUAUGCCAUCAUGAGUGUCCCACGAUCACGGAUGUUGGACCUGAUGAAGGCCCAAUGUCAGGUCUUUGCGACAACGUACAAUCCCGAUGGCCUUCGACUCGGCAACAAGGUCCUGCGCCAGCGACUUCGCGGGCCCGCGCUGGCGUCUUACUACCCGCGAAAGGUGGCAACGGUCAAGAUGAUGAAUCAAAUGUUCGGCAUGAAGGUCCCUAAGGGUACUGAGGAGAACGAGGAGACCGGCUCGUCAGACCGAAGUUUGGCAACCUGGGACGACGCCGAGGAGGACCGCACAACCUACGUCGAGGAAUUGAAGGCGAGAGGCAAGGGGAAUCCGAAGAAGAAGAAGGAAGCAGUUGUCAAAACCAAGGGCUUUGGAAAGAAGAAGAAAUAAGGACGACAAGCAGGCUCUGCAUUUAUGUCUGGCAUCACGCCAGACCCGACAUUA